AUGUGGCUUGAUCGGCUUGCAGCACAGUCGAACUCGUCUCCCUCAGCGUCGCAGCCUGGCAGUCGACCAUACUCUCCUCUUCCGCGACGAACCUCCAGUAGCCCCUAUGUGACCUCUCAACGACCUGGCAUUACACCAAGAGGCUCACAACUCUCGCUCGUCUCCAACGAUUCCUCGAACUCCUUCCUAGCUUCACGGAGGGUGAAUGGCUCAGGCUUGAAACAAUCCCAGACAACCUACGACGGACCGGAUUCGGUUGAGAUCUUGGGCCAGAUCCUAGAUACAGCGCCCGCAUCCGAGGCAACAACGAUCACAAUAAGCGAAAAUGACCUCGAACUAGACUUCAGUUUUGAAGGUCUGAGCUUGCGAGAGCUCGCAAGCUCCGACGAGAUCGAUAGAAGCGAUGCGGAUAGCUACCGGCGGCAAACCGCAGAGGAGUUCGAAGCGAGUAAAGCUCAGUUCGAGGACCUGCAUCGAUCAAUUGCAGCAUGCGAUGGGGUUCUAGGCUCAGUAGAGACCAACCUGACCAGCUUCCGUAAUGACCUCGCGGCCGUCUCUGCAGAUAUCGAGACCCUGCAAUCACGUUCUGCGGCGAUGAACGUGAGGCUAGACAAUCGAAAAGCAGUUGAAAAGGCUUUUGGUCCAGUUGUCGAGGAGCUCAGCGUCUCACCCCAUGUGGUGUCCAAGAUAUCUGAGGGCCAAAUUGACGAGACAUGGGUCAGGAUGUUGGCGGAAGUGGACAAACGAGCUACAGCAUACAAGAAGUCGGUUUCGAACCAGGGAGAGAGCAAAGCUUGGGCAGACCUUGGCCCUCUACUGGAAAAACUGACAAUGAAGGCCGUCGAGCGGAUACGGGACUUCAUUGUUGCCCAGAUCAAGGCCUUACGAUCCCCUCACAUCAACGCCCAAAUAAUCCAACAGCAGAACUUCUUGAAGUUCAAAGACUUAUACACUUUCUUGCACAAGCAUCAUGCUACUCUCGCAGAAGAGAUCAGUCAGGCUUACAUGAACACCAUGCGAUGGUACUACGCAAAUCAAUUUGGACGAUAUCAAAGGGCAUUGGAGAAGCUUAAGCUGCACAUUCUCGAUAAGAACGACGUCCUUGGACACGACGAACCCACGCGAAGAGCCACGGUGUUGUCUGCCACAAAGCCAGCUGGGCCGCCUCAUGAUGCCUUCAACUUAGGACGGCGUAUUGAUCUCCUGAAAUCGGGUAACGCUGCUGCGAUCUCCUCUUACCUGGCCGAGGAAGACCAGACAACACAUUAUCUAGAGGUACCUUUCAGGAACUUCAACCUGGCACUCAUAGACAACGCUACUGCGGAGUACACAUUCCUGGCCGCCUUCUUCUCGCCCCCAUUGUCUCUGCAAGCGGUGUCACGACAGUUCAACUACAUCUUCGAACCAACAUUUGCGUUAGGCAAAACCCUCACCAAGACGCUCACUGCUGAGUCGUACGAUGCCCUGGGGUUGCUGUUAAGCAUCCGCAUCAACCAGCAUCUUGCUUUUGAACUGCAACGGCGCAAGGUGCCAGCUGUGGACGGCUACAUUAACAUGACGACAAUGCUUCUAUGGCCGAGACUACAAGUCGUAAUGGACCACCACUGUGAAUCAUUGCGGCAGCUGAUGAAUACUUUACCCACAAAACCUAGGGCGGCGGAUCAGAAUAAGCUAUCCGCCGCGCCGCAUCUCGUUACCCAGAGGUUCGGCCAGAUCUUGCAGGGAGUUCUGGCGCUGAGCACAGAGGCAGGAGACGACGAGCCGGUGGUAACCAGCUUGCGUCGUCUGCGGUCAGAGGCAGAGGCUUUCUUGACGCGGUACAGUCAGUCUUUCAGCGAUAAGCGGAAGCGGGAACGGUUUCUUUAUAACAAUUACUCGUUGAUUUCAACCAUCAUCAGCGACGUUGGCGGAAAAUUGGGCACGGAGCAGCAGGAGCAUUUCGAGGGCCUCAAAGCGGCAUUCCAAGAGGGUGCUUGA